CGCGGCCCGGCCGUCUUUUUAAAGGGCGCGGACGCGGGCAGCCGCCGGUGCACCGGACUCCAGCUGUCUCUCUUGCUCCUCGUCGGCUCAGCCACUGCCUCCGCUCGCCAUGCUUUCCGUCCGCACCCCGCUCGCCACCAUCGCUGACCAGCAGCAGCUGCAGUUGUCGCCGCUGAAGCGACUCACCCUGGCUGACAAGGAGAACACGCCCCCGGCCCUUAGCAGCACCCGCGUCCUGGCCAGCAAGGCGGCGAGGAGAAUCUUCCAGGACUCCACGGAGCUGGAAAGUAAAGUGUCUACUAAGCCCAGCGUUGAGGAUGAGCCGUUACUGAGAGAAAAUCCCCGCCGCUUCGUUGUCUUUCCCAUCCAGUACCACGAUAUCUGGCAGAUGUACAAGAAAGCUGAGGCCUCCUUUUGGACUGCUGAGGAGGUGGACCUUUCCAAGGAUAUUCAGCACUGGGAAGCCCUAAAACCCGACGAGAGACAUUUUAUAUCUCAUGUUCUGGCUUUCUUUGCAGCGAGUGACGGCAUAGUCAAUGAGAACUUGGUGGAGCGAUUUAGCCAAGAAGUUCAAGUUACAGAGGCCCGCUGUUUCUAUGGCUUCCAAAUUAUAUUUGAGCAAAGAGUCAUGAGCCUCACAGUGGUCUUGAACAACUCUCCCUUCCAGGGUUUACACUGUGACUUUGCCUGCCUGAUGUUCAAGCACCUGGUGUGCAAGCCAUCGGAGCAGAGAGUAAAAGAGAUAAUCACCAACGCGGUUAGGAUAGAGCAGGAGUUCCUCACGGAGGCCUUGCCUGUGAAGCUCAUCGGGAUGAAUUGCACUUUGAUGAAGCAGUAUAUUGAAUUUGUGGCCGACAGGCUUAUGCUGGAGCUGGGUUUUAACAAGAUUUUCAGAGUAGAAAAUCCGUUUGACUUCAUGGAAAAUAUUUCACUAGAAGGAAAGACAAACUUCUUUGAGAAGCGUGUAGGCGAGUAUCAGAGGGGCAAGCAGCAUGAGCAGCAGCAGCAGCAUGAGCAGCAGCAGCAGCAUGAGCAGAAGCAGCAUGAGUAG